AUGGCUAUGGCCAUGGCUAUCAUACUGCUCUCCUACAAGGCAGAUGCUCAAACCUUCACCUCGUGCAACCCUCUCAAGGAAAGCUGCCCCGCAGACCCGGCUUUUGGAACUUCGGCUUUGUUUGACCUGACCAAGUCUGUCCCUAAGGGAUGGAAGCCUGUAGGAGCUGUCACCCAAAACAACGACGGGGUGGCCUUGGCCGUUGCAAAGAAGCUCGAUGGCCCCCUGCUCCAGUCAGACUUUUACAUCAUGUUUGGCCGAGUCGAAUUCACCAUCAAAGCUGCACCCGGUACGGGCAUUGUCAGCAGCGCAGUUCUUCAGUCAGAUUGUCUGGAUGAGAUCGACUGGGAAUGGCUUGGGGGUGACAACGCUCAGGUUCAAACGAACUACUUUGGCAAAGGAGAUACCACUACGUACGACCGUGGUGCCUUCCAUGCAGACCCUGAUAACCACGAUACCUUCAAGACAUACACUAUUGAUUGGGACAGCAAUCGUAUUAUCUGGCAAAUCGAUGGUGGCAUAGUUCGCACCUUGGAAGAGAAGAACGCCAAGGGACAAUAUCCGCAGACACCUUGCUACAUAAAGGUUGGCUCUUGGGCUGCUGGUGAUCCUUCCAAUGCCGCGGGAACAAUCCAAUGGGCGGGUGGUCAAGUCGACUAUUCUAAGGGGCCCUUCACGAUGUACGUGAAGUCGAUUAGGGUUACAGACUACUCGACUGGGACUGCAUACGAGUACACAGAUAAGUCUGGCUCGUGGAAAUCUAUCAAGGCAGUUGAUGGAACGGUCAAGGGCGACAGCUCAGGAGUCGUCACUACCUCGUCUAAGGGCCCUACCGGUUAG